AUGGGGGUAACUCUGCCAUCGCGCCCCAAAGAGGGCAGCGCUUCGGGUCGGCUCUGCGGCGCCUGUGCAAAGCUCGAUUUUGCAGCAAUGUUUGCCAAAGAGACCAAACAGAUCGCCAUGGGUCCCGUAUCGGACUACUCCGACCUAAACUGUCCGUUUUGCGGCCUCAUUGCCAAGUCAAUCCAUCUCGGCUGGGAGGAGAAGGGAGAUCCAAAGAGCGCCUCUCCCGGCGGCCACGCCCGCUCGCCCGAGCUCUUCAUACAGAGCCGCAGCCCCCUGUCCGUCCAGAUCGACGGGCAUGUUCAACACCCCCAGCCUCGUCUCCUCCUCGCGGUGGACCAGAAGCCCCCCGGGUUCAAGGAGACGCGAGGCGUCAUCAGGCAGGUCGACCGGGUCAAGGACCGGUUCAUCGUGGCCGAAAUCGAACGACUGCCCGACGACGCAGCCAAGCCGGAGUACAUCGUGCGCCGCGACGUGGCCACCACAAUUGACGUUGAGCUCGUCAAGAGCUGGCUCCAGGAAUGCCAGGGUCACAAGCACUCCGUCGACGACAGCAGCAAGACCACGGAAACGAAGGACGCGCUGUUUGGCGGUCCAGACGGAUUCCUGCUGAUCGACGUCGUGGACGAGUGUCUGGUGCGCCUCAAGGAAAAGACGGACUACGUGGCCCUCUCCUACGUCUGGGGCAAGCUAGCGACCAUCCUCCGCAAGAAUGUCGAAAAGCCCGACCAAAUCCCGCUGCUGCUGACUACCGUCGGAAACAAGGAGGAGCUCGCCAAACCGGGUGCGCUUACGCCGGAGCGGGUGCCGGGCGCCAAGAUCGCCGCCUCCGUGCUCGACGCCAUGAGCCUUACGCGCGCCAUCGGCCAGCGUUACUUGUGGGUCGACAUGUUCUGCAUCGUGCAGAACGACGGCAAUGAGAAAGACCGGCUGAUGGCCGUCAUGGACGACGUGUACAACACGGCGACCGUCACGCUAGUCGCCGGAGACGGCACCGACGCCGACGCCGGGCUCAGCGGCUGGGCGCCGCCGGGUCGCACCCCGCGCCGCCCUCGCAGCGGCCACCCGCUCAAACCGACGGCCAUCACCACGCCCGCCUCCAAAGCACACCCGCCGACUACGCUGCGCCUCGCGCUCUGCCCGCCAUCCCUCGUCGAAGAAGUCCGCCGCUCGACCUGGAACACGCGGGGCUGGACAUACCAGGAACAGCACCUGUCGCGGCGGGUCGUGUAUGUGACAGCGGACGAGGUCUUCUUCGCAUGCCCCGCCGCCGGGCAGCAGCGCCGCGAGAGCUACACCACGCCGCCAAAUCCUGCCGUGCAGCAGCUGCGCACCGGCCCGCCGUGGUGGACGGGCAGCCUACGGGCGGACCCGGACCCGACGCCGUACCGCUACCUCGGCGACGCGGCCGCGCUCGGAGGCCUCGAGUACCAGGCCGCGGUGCAGGCUUACACGCGCCGCGAGCUCUCGCACGCCGAGGACGCGCUGAACGCGUUUGCCGGCGUGUUCAACCGGUUCCACGCCGCGCCUUCUGCUGCGGCCGCCGCCGAAAUUGCCCAGACGCAGGGCAUCCCCGCCCACCUGAUGCAACACGGCCUGCUGUGGUUCCCGUCGGGCCAGGGCGGCGGCGCCGGUGGUGAGAGGCGCUCGACUGCCAAGCAGCGGUUCGCGACGUGGUCGUGGGCAUCGUGGGUCGGCCCCGCCGAGUUUGUCUUUGCCGACAGCUCGUGGCUGUCGCGCAUCGUGUCACUCGCGCCCGCGCGCGGCGUGCCGCUGCAUGUGGCGAUUCCGCGCUGGCACCUCGGUGGCGGCAGCUCUGACGGCGGCAAAAGCACGGCGACGUCGCAGAUCUGGUCUCAGCAGUCCUGGGCUGCUGCUGCUGCUGCUGCUGCCGCCGGGGAAGAGGGGAGCGAUAGCCGUAGCAUCAGCACGGAGGCGUACCUAGGCGACCGCGUCGGGGUGGACACGGCCGCGCUGCUGAAGGGGGGGCAGGCGGCAGUCGAGCCGCCGGCGCGCGGCGAGCUGGGGUUCUUUGCCGCGUAUCUGGGCGCCGAUGAUGUCAAGCUCGCGCAGCCGGCGAAGCCCGAGCGGUUCGUGAGCAUGGAGAUUGUGUCGGGCGGCCACCGGGGCGAGUUCCGGUUCGACGACAAGGGGGACGAGGCGCGGGGCGUCGCUGUCGACGAGUUCGUGCUGGUCGUUGCGGCGGACACGGUCGAGGGGCCUGGCAAGCUGCCCAAGACGCAGUCCGUGUUUCUGGGCGUGGCCAUGUCCCAGGAUGCCGCUGGCGUCGUCUCUGCCAGGCGUGUGGGCUUGGGGUUCGUGUACUACGCCCCCGGCGAAGAUUCUGCUAAGCCGGCGUGGCGGUACAAGCACUUUAGGUUGACAUAA